AUGGUGGACAUUUGGGAUCCGAUCCUGAUCGCCUUUAACGGAACAAAUAUCACAACAGAUUCUCAAGGCAACAUGCGCGUUCUUGUCAUUGGUGGUACUGGAAGAUGCGGCAAGCUUGUCAUUGAUGAGCUUCUCAAUCGAGGUCACUCAGUGACCACGCUGGCACGCAAACCGAGUGCCCUCGGUGAUGCCCGAUCCGGCUUGAGAGUCAUCCAGGGCACGCCAGCCAAGCUCGAGGACGUCCAGGCCGCAUUCAAUGCUGAUAUACCGGACGUGGUGGUCGUCACAUUGAACGCCCCUCGAGCAAGCGACAGCCCACUUGCCGCUCCCAUCUCACCACCUCGCCUGAUGGCCGACUGUAACGCCAACAUCGUGGCCGCAAUGAAGGAGUUCGGGGUUCGCAAAACAGUCAUCCUACAAGCUUUCGGUGUUGGGGAUUCGUGGCUCAACAUGAACUGUAUACUGCAGCUGCUCAUGAAAAGGUCCAACAUGUCCUACCAGUACGAUGACCAUAAUGAGGCCGAGCGAAUCGUACGGGCCAGCGGGGUGGACUACGUAUUUGUGCGUCCUUCGCGGCUCGUGGAGACAGAUGAGAAGACGAUCAGAGUGUGGCCGGACAGCGGAAAGGGUGUGCCCCUGAUGGCUAGCACGAGCCGUGUCAGUGUGGCGCACUGGCUGGUUGAUGCAGCAGAGAGCAAUGAAUGGGACAACUCGGCCCCAGUCAUCACGAAUUAA